AUGUCAAUUGCAAAAAAGGCCAAGUUAGACAUGACUAAACAAAUUUGUACACAUUCAGGGUCCUUUCACGCCGAUGAAGCGUUGGCUGUGUAUAUGCUUAGAUUGCUACCAGAAUUCAAGGACGCUAAGGUAGUAAGAUCGAGAGAUCCUGCCAAAUGGGAAGAAAGUGAUAUUGUUGUAGACGUGAGCGGCAAAUACGAUGCCACCAAGGGCCUAUUCGAUCACCACCAGCGUGAGUUCUUUGAAACAUUUAGCGACAAGUUCAAGACGAAGCUUUCUAGUGCCGGACUUGUCUACAAGCAUUUUGGUCGUGAAAUUAUUAAGACCUUACUGCCAUCCUUAGAAGACAAAGAUACCGAAUUUCUAUACGAAAAGGUUUACAGAGAGUUUGUUGAAGCUCUAGAUGCUAAUGAUAAUGGUAUCAGCAAUAUAGAUGUGGAAGAACUUGGUGUUAAACCUAAAUUCCACGACAAGAACAUCACCAUCCCAGGGAUUGUGUCGCGCAUGAAUCCUAGCUGGAAUGAAGAUGCUUCCGAUGCUUCUUUCGAUAAGAACUUUUUCCGUGCUUCAGAAUUCAUCGGUGAAACUUUUGUCAAGCUUGUGAAGAACUACGGUGAAUCUUGGUUACCAGCUAAGGCGCUCGUUCAAAAAGCGAUAGAGGAGAGAUACUCUAUUGACUCCUCUGGAAGAAUCAUUAAGCUACAGCAAUUUUGCCCGUGGAAGGAGCACUUAUAUGAGGUCGAGAAGGAGUUAGGCAUUGCUGGCCAAAUUCUCUUUGUCCUGUUUGAGGACUCCUCAGGUAAAUGGCGCGUGUCUACCGUCCCAAUUUCUUCAACUUCAUUUAAGUUCAGACAAGGGCUUCCAGAGCCCCUAAGAGGUGUGAGAGAUGCUGAGCUUUCGGAGAAAAGUGGUGUUCCCGGCUGCAUUUUUAUCCAUGCUGCUGGUUUUAUCGGUGGUGCCGAAACUUUUGAAUCUGUUUUGAAGUUAGCUCAAAUGAGUUUGUGA